GGUGAACAUAACGCCAGUAUCAAAACAAACACGAAAGGUGAAAUUCCGCUCAUUUCUUCAACAAGUUUCGCAUUUCCUGAACUACAGAAUACCUUUCUUCCGAUCUGUACGCCGAUAAUAUCGUUGAAAUAAAGUGAAACCUGCCAUAGUUAAGAAUCAUCGCCAAAGCAGCCAUGGCAGUCGAUGAAGAUAUGGAGAUGCAAGGGUCCAAGGAAGACACAGCCGCAAUGGAGGACAACAUGGGGCUCUCCUGCACUCUGGACAUGUUCCGUGAGCAUGACCAAGUGCAACAGCUGAUCAACUCUAUCGACAAGGCAAUUGCGACACAGUUCACAGCAGAGAAGGCCUUUGAGGAGAUGAAGACCAUCUUGGAUCUAUACCAGGAACAGCCUCACCUUCUGGACCCUCACUUGGAAGGAAUUCUGGGUCAGCUGAUUAACAUCAUCCGCAACCGCUCACAAGAUAAAGAGGUCCUGAGCCAGGCCUUCAAGUAUCUGUGGCUUGUCACCAAAGUCAGGGGUUACAAGACGAUCAUUAAGAAGUUGCCACAUGAGGUGAAAGACUUGCUCCCGGUGCUGCAGCUCUUGGAGACCCCAGAGGGAAGCUCUGAUUUCUACACAAGCUAUGUCCUUUUACUUUGGCUCUCCAUCAUAGUUUACAUGCCGUUUAACAUGAUGGGAUUCGAUGCCACAGCCAUGGAAACAAACCAGCAAGCCAGCAAAACAGUUGUGGAAAGGAUCUUGUUAGUUAUCAAGACACACUUGAAGUCAGCCCAAAAGUCACGGGAGAUGGCUGCCUAUUUAGCAUCACGUUUUAUAACCAGACCAGACCUGAGGGACAAAUACCUGCCUGAAUUUAUUACUUAUUGUUUUGAGGUGCUGGACAUUGAUUCAGAAUCCGAGCUACAUUCAGUCUUUCACAAGCUAGGGGUGUUACGGGCCCUAGGGUUAAUCUUUAAGCAUGGAAAGAGAGAGGAAAUGCUACCGUACUCAAAGGAUGUUUUGCUGCGUCUUAUAGCCACAAAGGAAAUGAGCAGCAGUGACACCCCUGUAAGGAAAUUGUCGAUUAAGCUCAUUCAACGCAUUGGACUGACUUUCCUGAAGCCGAAGAUCGCUACUUGGAGAUACCAACGGGGGAGCAGGAGCCUCUCCAUCAAUAUCAAGGGUGUCUCUACAGAGGAUGGCAAAGCAGAAAAAAUGGAAGAAGAGGAUGAGGAGGAUGAGGAAGUCGUGGGUGAAGUGGAAGAAGUUAUAGAUAGCUUAUUGCAGGGGCUCAAGGAUAAAGACACCAUUGUAAGGUGGUCAGCAGCAAAGGGCAUAGGGCGUGUGACAGGCCGUUUGCCACAGGAGUUCGGUGAUGAGGUGGUCGGGGCCAUUCUGGAGCUCUUUUCAACACGAGAGUCGGACAAAGCCUGGCAUGGGGGCUGCUUGGCUCUGGCUGAAUUAGCUCGGAGAGGUCUGCUACUUCCAGAGAGACUUUCGGCAGUUGCACCUGUUCUCGAGAAAGCUCUAGUCUAUGAUGAGCUCAGAGGACAGUAUUCAGUUGGAUCAAAUAUCAGAGAUGCAGCAUGUUACCUGUGUUGGGCCUUCGCAAGAGCCUAUCACCCUGACCAGAUGACUCCGUAUGUCAACAAACUUGCUGUUGGCCUCCUCAUUGUCGCCUUGUUCGACAGAGAGAUUCCAUGUAGACGAGCAGGAUCAGCAGCUUUCCAAGAGCAUGUAGGACGACAAGGCACUUUCCCCCAUGGCAUUGAAAUUCUCACCACUGUCGACUACUUUGCUGUUGGCAACAGAACUAAUGCCUUCCUCAACCUCAGUGUCGAGGUUGGCCAAUAUCCUGAGUACACACAGCCUCUCAUAGAUCAUUUAAUGGAGAAGAAAGUCAAUCACUGGGAUUCAGCAAUUAGGGAGCUGGCAUCAAAGGCCCUCCAUAAUUUGACUGCCCUUGACCCUGAGUACAUGAGCAAGACCAUCCUGCCACAGCUCCUGACCCAGACCACAGGCAACAUCUUAGUGACCCGACAUGGAGCAAUCCUGGCUGUGGCACAGAUUGUUCAUGGUCUCUCGCUUGUGGCUAGUAAGGAAGGGAAGCGCAUUCAGGAUGUAAUUGGAAAAGAUGUUUUAAGUGGUAUCCGCAACAUCGUACCUACCUUGGAAGAGAGAAAGUUAUACCGAGGCAUGGGGGGAGAGUACAUGAGACAGGCAACAGCAGUACUCAUUGAGAAGUGUUCCCUCUCUGCCUUUCCCUUCCACGGCGAGGAAAUUCUGGAUAAGUGGCACCUCUUGCUAGAAGAUUGCAUUGUGUAUGUAGAUGAGAACAUCCGCACAGCUGCCCUAGAGGCGCUGCCUUCCUUCUGGUCAGAGUACUUUAGUCCCACAACAGAGGAGAGUAAGAAGUGGAGGGACACGCUCAUAACUAGAUAUACAAGUGGGCUGGUCACUGAGAAAGAGACACAAAGUUUGGGCUAUGCAGCUGCCCUUGGUUGUCUCCCACUCCCCAUGAUUACAGGAAAGUUUGAUGUAGUGUUGUCAGCCCUCAUUGGAGCAAUGGAAAUAACACCAAACACAGCAUCUUGGGCACGGACGAGAAAGGAGGCCAUUUGUUCAGUGCUACAUCUGAUAGAUACAGUAGGAAUCAAGACAGAUGGAAAAGCAUGUGAUAUGGUCUGCAAGGCAAACCUAAUGCAAAUCUACCAGGCGCUGGUGAAGAGUUUAGAUGAUUACACAAUGGACAGGAGAGGAGACAUUGGUGCUUGGGUUAGAGAGGCUGCCCUUAUAUCCUUACAGACACUAACUGCAAAGGUUGUAGGAGUAGAUGCAAGCCUGCUGUCUGAAGACAUUGUUGGGGAAAUGAUGGCCCGUGUCUGUCAGCAAGCUGUGGAGAGAAUAGACAGAACAAGAAAGGUGGCCGGUACUACCUUUGCGGCACUCCUAUAUAGCAACCCCAGGGUCCCCCACAUUCCAAACACUGAGCAAUUGGAGGCCAUCUUCCCCAAAGAUGUGUGUGAUAAGAUGAACUGGGCCUCAGAGAGCAGCACCUUCGGCCUCUUCAUCCAGCUGCUUGACCUCCCUGUCUAUAGGAGUCGGGUGCUGCUAGGAGUAACUUACUCCGCUGGUGGAAUCUCAGCAAACCUUUCUCGCUACACAAGUGAAGCCUUGCACACGUACCUGAAUGCUCGAGCCACCAAAAAGGACCAGCUGGCAUGCUUCAUGGAGAACCUACUGCAGCUGUUUGCCAGCUAUCAGAAGGUAGACCGCAUUACCCUGCCACUCAUCAAAACCAUAGGGGACUUGCUGAGCUCUUCUGCCGUGCUGGAUGUGGUGCUUGAGGAAGAUAGUGCAUUUACGUCCCGCCUGAUCACACUGCUGAAGAAGGAGUGCCUUAGGUCGACUGAUUAUCACAAGAUAGCAGCUGUCAUUGCUGUCCUCUGUGAGUUGUUGAGGACUGAAGGUGCAUCUGCUAAAGCUUGCCUCACUCAGCUCUCUCUCUUCCUCGGGUAUCAGUACCCCAAAGUGCGUGCUGUGACAGCAACAAGUUUCUUGACAGCACUACAGGACUAUAGUGAUAGAGACAUUGUACCAGAGGAACACCUUGAAGAGAUCACCAAUAUCCUUGAAGAUACAGAAUGGAUGGACAACAUGGAGGAGGCCAGAAAACAACGCAACAACCUGUGCAAGCUAAUAGGCAUAGCAGCACCGCAACCCAAGAAGAAAUAGCCCUUUAUAGUUUUAUGGGUCUAUCAGAGAGUCCCUUUAGCACUGCUUGCACUUAAAUCUUUCAUCUUCGCAUUCUUUCAGUACAGUUUUAGGGAAGGCAGUACAGUUAGAACUCACUUUGGCAUCAGCACACUGUGCAGGGAGUUGUCACAUGCAUGUUCAUUUGUACUUGGAGAGAUGGUACUCCGACCAUUGCCUCUUUUCUUUCUUUGUAUUGCAUUUCCUUCUGCUUCUCAUAUUUUCAUCAUCUAAUGCAUUCCAUUAUGGCCUUGGAUCUGAAAUCUUAAGCUUACGUAAGUGAUAAUGUUACUGUAAUAGCUAUAGCAGUAAUUGCUAGGAGCCAGUGAUGCUGAUAAAGAUGGGAUGCAUUCUUUUCAUUUUUUCUAUUUUUGAUAAUAUACCCCACCCUUUAUGGGACCAUUGGCACAAACGUUUACACAUUGAAGCCUCAUGUAUACAUAUAUAUUGCAGAACCAAAUUUCAUUAAUUUCUCUCACCAAAGGAAUCGGAUAUUGCCUUCCAAUUUCUCCUUCACAAACUAGGAUAAUACACAUCAGUUGCUUCAUUCUUGUCUUUCCUUUGUUUACUAUAGCACAUUUGGAAGCAGUUAAAUUAUUCUUGAGGAAAGUCAAGAGGAUUUCAGCUUGAAGUUGCUACCACUGAACAUGUAUCUUUCUGUGAUGUUGGAAAGAAGGAGGUACUAUAUCUGAUUAUAUGUAUGAUGCAUAUGUAUUGUACAUGUUGUUAUCAAAAGAAUGAAUAAAAGAAAUUAUAGUUAUUGAUA